AUGGCAUCAUUUCCAUUGGAAACCGAGGGCGCCUUCAGCUUGUUUGCCCCGCCGAGCGAGAAACAGGGCGGGCCUGCACUCGGUCGCAGAGACUGGCCCAACAUGGAAAUUGUCCUCCCGGAUGUGGAGCCAGACUUUGCAGCGUAUCCACCUGAAGCUGUGGAGGACGCUGCUCGGCCUGUCAUUUGUUUGGAGGAAGCUCUUGAAUCCGUGCCAAGCCGCAGCACGGCAGCGCCGGUGGGGGUGAUUGGAGAUCGUCGGCAAGGACGGCACGCCAUGGCGACAUUGAAAUCAGAGCAGUCGGGCAGCCGAGCGCCGAAGUUGGAGAUCCGGAUCCCCGGUGAUUUGCUCUCUUAUCCUCCCAACUACGUGCAAGUUCGAGACACUUUCAUCCACGUGGCAAGCCCUGAAGAAGAUGCGUUGGACGAUCGGGCUGUCGCGUCCUGCCCUGCUCAACACAUUGGUCGCAUGCGCUUUGAGGAGCCGGCAGAAAACAGCAAUGCGCACGGGAAGGUGGUCAUCCGUUUGGACAGUGCUCUUCGCCAAUCUGGCCCCAAGAUGCAUGAGCUCUGGCUGUCCGACUCCGACUGGCAUGAGGCCUCGACUGAGGCUGCCGCUGAGGAAGAUGGGCGAAUUUCGCCGUCAUUACCCAGCGUGGGAUCCAAAGGUCAUGCUACUGGCGAGUGCCAGCCAUGCGCUUUUGUGCACACAAAGGGCUGCAGCCAUGGGGCAGCGUGUCCAUUCUGCCAUUUGUGCGAUCGAGGUGAGAAGAAACGCCGUCAGAAGGCCAAGCGUGAUGCUUUCAGGGUAAUGACUGCAAGCAUGCCUGACAUGCCUGAUCAAACUAGCCUUUAG